GUAGUAUUUUAUGGCCGUACGUCGGAAAACGAAUGUUUACCGUUGUAAGUUAUUUGGAGUUUGCUUUGGUGGGCCGGUUCAAUGCCAAGCAACUACCCGUUUUGUUGAAGUUUUACCUAAUCGUAUGCUAACAUACGUUACCCGUAGCCAUAUAGUGGUAGAAAAACUGGACCGGAAAAGUGAACAUAACAUGAGAAAGCUUUACAGCUUUAGAGGAAAGUUUGAGAAACUUGGCAACCUUAUUGAAGAGCAAGCGUUGGAAGCGUAAGUAAAGUGAAACGGCAAUUGGUCUAAAAUUAGUUGCUAGUUAGCAUGGUCAAAACUGAUGAAUGGAAAGUCUGGUUAGUAUACAGAACUUUAGGGUGAAGAACGGUUCUGGAUUCGAUUGAUCAGUUUGGAAACAAUAAUUGCCAACAGCGCAAAGUUUUGAGUGACUGGAGCCAUAAGUUUAAAAGGAUGUUGAAACUGGAAGUAGCAAAACAGAAGCCCGCCAUGUUUGUAGUUUUGAUUAUUGGCGGGAAGGUUGUUGGACUUGGACCAAGGUCGGUUUGAUACGCAAAAGUUGAGCCAACUAAUAAAAUAGUUUGUCGGUCGCAAAGCCAACGUUCCAAUGGGUUCGUAUGAUGGAUGCAAAUUUAAUGGUUGAUUGGUUUGAUGUAUUGGUUUCAUGUGGUAACAAUUCUGGUUGGUUUCAAUUCUGUUAAACCGGGAACAGUUUUACUGUUAGGUAGAAUAUUUCAUAUUGAAAAUUAAUAUGAAAUUAUAAAUAAUUUCUUGAAGCUUCCGUUUGUUUUGAGUGAAUUGUUUUUCAUUUCAAUACAUGUGAAAUAUUUGUGAUUUACUAAGAAGAAAGUAUGUUUCAAAAAAUAUUUCAAGUUUGCUUAUCCAUAGUAAUAAUGAAAUGUAGAAUAAAAAAAUGUGAUUUAUUCGCAUGUUCAUAGAAAAUUUAAAUAUGAUUUUAUUUGUAUUUAUUUAUUAUCUUAUGACCUUCAAAACACUUAUUUAAUUUAUUCAAUGGCUUAGGGGCAUCAAACACUCAUUUAAACAUUAUAAACAUUAAUGAUUAUAUGCAGCAUUUUGUUUAACACAUCGCAAACACUUUUCAUGUCGAAAUUUGAAUUCCCUAGUGACUACAACCCUGCUACUCUCUUCGCGAGAGCAAUACAGCAUGCGGGAGAGCAACCGAAGUUGAGAAGCUUAACAUCGGAUCCUGGCUUCGGGAGCUUUUAAAAAGAGAGUACCAUCGAUAGCACAUCCUUCAGUCACCAGCUGGAUGUCGGUCGUGUUGGAACGAAUUCGAAUAGCCGUUUAAGUCCGGUUUUUGUGGAUAUAUUUUCGUGCCGUUACUGAUAUUCAGUAUCAUCGUCGCGCGGGAUCGUGUUCGUUUGUGGUUGUGUUUGUACGUGUCAGUUGUCAAAGAACUUCGCCGAGUGAAGAAAACUAUUCGUUUCUGUUUCGUCUGCUGUGGGGAGUUCGUUGUGUCCUGUAUGAGGUGUAGCAGAAGAGAUUCCGUGACCGGCAGAAAUCCUCAUGCGUGCGAGUGAGUGUUUCCGGUGUGCAGGUGCUACUGGUGAUUGUGAAGAAACCCACGUGAAUUGUCCAAAUAAGGAGAAGAAAGCGAAAUCGUCCUGCUCAGUAUGAGUGGUUAGCAUAUGAAUGGUUGGUGAUUGUGUGGUGUCUGUGUUGUGUGUGUAGCAGUGGUGCUGGUGGUGGUAGUGGUGGUGCUUUGUAGGAGAAAAAUAUUUCCCUGUUGAACGUGAUACGAUCGCGCGUACAGAUCAGUUACGGAGCGAUCCGACAGUUGAUACAAAUUGUUAUCAAAAUGCGUCUGCACAUGCGACGCUCUGUUGCGAAGUGCUGAAACUGAAUAUUUCGUAUAUUAAAGUGGACUUUUCGCACAAGGUGAAAAGGAUAGUUUGAGCAUAAUUCGGUGGAUUGAUUCUUAGCUGAUAUAAAACAAAAUAAUCGGGCAUCAAUCAUGUGGCUGUACAGUUGGGUCGGUUUCUUGCUGGGAGGACUUUUAGACAUCACGGCCUUUUCUAUCAACACGAAUAAUCAGAUUUAUGAUCCACAAAUAGGAGUUAAUUAUGAUAGUUGCACGGUAGGGAACGGGACGUACUAUCACGGUGAAACGUUCAAGCUCGAUUGUCGAACACAGUGCGUUUGUCAGAAUGGUCGCCAUGCUUGUUCGACGCUGUGUCCACACGAGAACCUACCACCACCCGUUGACACCUCCAUUUGCAUUUCACCAAAGCUGGUGGAGCUGCCCGAUCACUGUUGUCGGGUGUGGCUUUGUGAGCAGCCUGCAACCGAUGUGAAUGCGACCUGUUACAACUCGUCCACCACACUGUGGUCUCCGUGUUCGCAGAGCUGUGGUAUCGGGACGUCGACCAGAAACAUCACCACAACGCCCGGCUGCCAGAAGCUCAGCACGAUACGGCUGUGCGAGAAUCAUCGGUGCAACCGCCAGAGCAAUAAUUACUACUUCGCUAGUGACUAUGCUGCCGAGGGCAAGCAGACCAUCGGUGACGUGGAAUCAGGUAACAGUGACCGGGAGGAGGACGGUACAGCUGCGAGGGAAACUGAUCGUCGCAGUGUCACUAGCCACAAACAACGACUGUACGAUGGUAACGGUGGCUACCGUCCCAACAGUGUUUCUUUGCUCAGUGAAAACGAACAUCGAAGACGGAAGGGUCACGAAUGUAGAAGCAUUCAGCGGACGGCUUCCUCCCGGUUGCGGCUUGGUCCGUGCGUUUCGCGGAAGCUUUAUCGACCAAAAUCCUGCAGCCUGUGCCAGGAUUCCAGCAUGUGUUGUGUGCCUUCAAUAACCACUACUAUUAAGGUUGAAUUACUGUGCCCUUUGAACUCUGGCGAUCCAUUCGAUUUCAUCGAGCAUGGGUACGAUCUGUGGGACAGUGCGUCGAUCGAUCCACUCGACCAGGAGAUGCUGCAGUCACGCCAAAUCCACAUCGAGAACAAGUUCGUCGACGUCCAGUGGGUGCUGAAGUGUGAAUGCGGUCCAAAGAGCAAAAACUGUCGCCCCCGGAAGUCAGCGGGAUCAUCGCCGGGUGGUCAUUCCAGCCGAACGACAGAGAAGCAGCAACAUCAGCAACAACAACGGCAAUUGAGCUCAUCCGAAGCGUUACCAGUCGGCACAGCGGGUUCCACGACAGAGCAGCAAAGCAACAGAACCGCAUAUCGAUCGCUGCAGGAGCAGGCACGUCCGCUUGCCAUUCAGGACGUGACUGGUGCGGAUCAUCCGGGUGGAAGUGAUCCAACCGUCGACAACAAUGAUCCCGUCGACUAUUACGAUGGCAGCCCGGGAGUUCGGAAGGGCCACAAACAUGCGGGUCACCAUCGUUCGUCGGUGCAUCGGCGAUUGGUGCAUCGUGGGCUGCACCGCCGACAGCAGCACCGGCAGCUAGAUGCGUUCGGUAGCUGGAACGAUGCCAGCUCAAUUGCGGACGGUAGCGAGGAGCUGCUGAAGCGGGUUCAUCGAACAUAAUAAACUGUUCCGGGAAACUGUGUGCGGUGAAAAGCUGCAAUCGAUGCGCGGGGUGAAAUGCAAUGCGGAAAUGCAAUUGGCGUACUUCCGCUUCCGGCUAGGUCGGUCGGCUUGGGUCCCAUUGAUAUGUGGGGUCGGUCCCGAAAACACCCGGCCAGGUGGUAACAGGGCGAUACACUGCAAGCGAACGAAAGAUGCUGCGAAGCACUUUCAUAUUGUACAUCGUUGCGUACAAAUAUCGCUUCAAAAAGAUGCACCAUUAUUAGGUAUUCUCAAUAUGUUUUUUGUUUACUUUUGGAAAAAAGUUUGUUUUCUUCUCCCAUUCAUGUCGGAACAUAUGCAAGUUGCAAAAGCAUAUGCAAAUAAAACCCCUUGUGAAAUCAACUGCUCUUUUAUGGAAUGCAAAAGAUGAAGCAAACAUUGCACAGAUGAUGUUGUGGACGAAUGAAUCGAAUAGCUGCGUGUACAUAGUUUUUAAUAGAAUCUUAGUAGAAUGAUGCAGCAAAAAAUGAUCGAUUAGGGGGUGGAAAUGGAAUGGAAAAUAAACCGUACAGCAACAACUUCAACAAACAGAGGACGUGAACGUAUUGGGAAGUGAUGGCAAAGUAUUUACACGGUGCCCCGAAAUGAUGUUUCACGUACGCUUGGGAAUAUUUAUAAUUUCUCCAACUCUUGUUGCAUGAUCAUGCUGUAGAUUGUGAUGCUUUUUAGUGCGCCAAUGUGGACGAAAGCUUUGUAAUUUAUUGAACAUCAUAUUUCUGGCACAUGGAAGCAGACGAAGCAGUUGGCUCGUUUGGCAAAACAUCCUUACCCUUAGUGCACAUAAUUCCGUGGAACCAACUGUAGCGCGAACUGGGCAACGGGUACGGGUUUUAUCGUCAAAUGAUAAUGAACUAAAAUCGUACCGUGGUAGUUAACUCGCAGGCGAUGAAGCAAGUGAUAAAAUACAAGUAGAGACGAAAAAACAUGCAGUAAAACAUUCAACUCUAUAGUGUCUAUUGCUCCGCAAAAGGGGACGCUGUACAAGGAGUUGGAGCUACAUAAAAUUGCGAAACUAGCGAAAAAUGGGAUACAUUCCGUUAGGAAGGAAGAGAGCAACAAAAAAAAAAACAACCUGACCCGCAAACCACCAUAUCCUCACAGAACCUCAAGCAUAAAAAAGCUACAUAAGCAUCAUCACUAUUAUCAUCAUUCUACUUCUAUUCACCCUCAACCACAGUUUCGUAUGAACGUGAAUGGUUUCAAACACUUGAUAGGUCUUUACCCGUGCCGCGAACGGAAGGUAUGGUGGAGGUUGAUAAAAAAAAGUAUGACCGCCUCCAUCGUCCACCAGUGAGCGUUACCGCUGGCCGAAACACUUCCGGCAGUGCUAUAUGCUUGAAGCUGCCUGUCCGACAUACACUCGGCGUACGAAUGAUAAUGAAUGUAUGAGGAUGAGAAUGAUUUCUUCAUGAGUAUGUGUGUAGGUGUGUGUGUGUGUGUUUCGUUAGUUCAAUUGCUUUCAUUGGGGUGGUUUCUUUUCCAGCAAUCGGAAGGGUGCGGGAAAAAUGGGUUGAUGAGAAAGUGAGGCUGGAGGAAGUAAGAAACACUGCAAAGGAAAUUGGGUCGUGCUGCAAAGGUAAGCCGCGCGGAUGCAGCAUAUUUGGCCGGGGUAUUCAACGGUGCAUACAUACAAUUUCAGGACCAAAGAAAACGCAGCUCACUAGUGAUUGAUCGAGUCGUGAGCAGAAGUGGUGUGUAGUGUGUUUGCUUAUAUAAACGGUAUUGAAAAACGAUAUGAUGAGUGCACGGUCUUUUCUAUUUGUGCUGAGUAAUAAAAUAUGUCGGCACAAAAAAAUGAUUUCUUUUUUGCUUAUGAUUAGUCAUUGCUUUAUGUAGCUGUAGAGUUCUUUUGAUAAUUUCAUUAAGUUUUCAUCUCUAAAGAAAAUAUUAUUUUUUUCAUUUUUGUUCUUAUUAUUAAUUUUGUCAUUUAUUGAAGUUUUAAACAAGAACAUAUUGAAUUGCUUGAUUAUUGCAAUUUCGUCAACAUAGAAAAUAUAUUUCAACCUUCGUAAAAAGGGUAAAAAGUAAAGUGUUUCUUAAAUUUUAGUUAUCAAUAAACAUAAUUUGAUUGAAGUAAUUUUUUUGGAAAAAAUGGCUGCUAACAGGAAUUUGUAUUAUAAAUUAUAUACGAUCAUUAAAUAUUCAUAUCAUUCGAUGCGUAGCAUGAAAUCUAAACCAAAAAAUACUCGCAUAAUUUACCCUAUAUAUCAUAGUUGAUCACUGUGCAUUUUUUUAUAAAAGUCCGAUUGACAUUUUGAAAAUACAUUCAGAGACAUACCGAAAAAGAAACAACCAAAACAGAAAAUGAUGUGAAACAAAAUAGAAAAUUUAUUUAGUUUUCCUGCAAAAGAUGGAGAAGAAAUCAAACAUGAAGUAGAAGAAAAAAGAAAUAAAAAAAAGGAUUAAUCUAUAUAUACUAAAACCUUCUCGGUACAUCUUACCGUGUAUGGACGGUUAGAGAACAAGCUCUUAACUGAAACACACGGAAACCGCACGGUACAUACACACAGACAGACCCACAACCAUUCUUACAAUUGUACAACCACUACAGAAUUAUUUAUUCUGCACACGAGCGCACGGAACUAAGCCACACAGCCAACCUUUACGCUAGGAUAACAGAACGAAUGGAUUCGACGAUGGUGCGUUAUACUGUUGUGUGUGCUUGUGAUUAUAUACAUACCUAUAUGUAUCAUUGCACAAUUUGUAUGUACAUACGAAAAUAAUAGACACAAACUGAUCAACAGUAGCAAAAACAAGGUGAGCUCUUAAAAGUACUUCACAUACAAAAAUUAAAAGAAAAUAGGUUGAGUGAAGUAAGCGGAAAUUGAAAUGUUUACUAAAGAUCACCAGUGGAAAGAAAAAUAGUUCUCAAAAAAAAAAAGAAAAAUCCUUGGAUAAGUUUGGAAGCGGUAUGACUAAAUAGUAAAAGAUUAAUAUUGUAUACCCGAGCAGUUUGCCGCUAUCAAUUACGGGAAAUUUGGGAGGGAAUAGAUAUGUAAAACACAUUGGAAAAAGGCCAUACACGACGGAAAGUACGGUUGAGAGUGAAUAAGCGAAAUAAAACAACAAAAUGAAUAGAUAA